AUGGGCUCAGUGGGAGCUGAACGCUUCAAGGAGCUGAGCCCGGCGGGCACGCCGGAGGGGAACGUGGUGAUGAGCUUCAGCUUCGACAGCUACCAGCUGGAGGAGGACGAGCUGCAGCGGGGCAGCCAGGCCAAGGGCGUCCUCACCUUCAUGGAGCCGGUUUCUGAGGAUCCCGAGCCCCAGGACCGAUACCAUGGGAUUUACUUUGCCAUGCUGCUGGCUGGGGUGGGAUUUCUUCUGCCAUACAACAGCUUCAUCACCGACGUGGACUACUUGCACCAUAAAUACCCAGGGACCUCCAUCGUUUUCGACAUGAGCCUCACCUACAUCCUGGUGGCCUUGGUGGCCGUCAUCCUCAACAACGCACUGGUGGAGCUGCUGAGCUUGCACACCCGGAUCUCUGUGGGUUACCUCUUCGCCCUGGGGCCCCUGCUCUUCGUCAGCAUCUGCGACGUCUGGCUGGAGCUCUUCACUCGCAGACAAUGCAGAAAAGCCUAUGCCAUCAACCUGGUCGCCGUCGGGGUGGUGGCCUUUGGCUGCACAGUGCAGCAAUCCAGCUUCUACGGCUACACGGGGCUGCUGCCCAAGCGCUACACGCAGGGCGUGAUGACGGGAGAGAGCACCGCCGGGGUCAUCAUCUCACUCAGCCGCAUCUUCACCAAGCUACUGCUGUCAGAUGAGAAGGAGAACACUGUCAUCUUCUUCUUCAUCUCUAUCGGCAUGGAGCUGACAUGCUUCAUCCUCCACCUCCUGGUGAAGCGCACCCGCUUCGUCCGCUACUACACCACCUGCUCCCGCAAGGGUCUCCCCGAGAACCGGGGAGCCAGUGACCAUGGGACAGGCUACCGUGUCCACCAUGAUGUCACUGCCGAGGACAUCCGAUUUGAGAACCGGCCACAGGAGCAGCUGAGCUCACCCCAGGGCAGUCCGGGUCCCGAAGCUGAGCUGGCCGGCAGUGGCACCUACAUGCGCUUUGAUGUCCCUCGGCCCAAAAUCAAGAGGAGCUGGCCCAGCUUCAGAGACAUGCUGCUCCACCGCUACGUCGUGUCCCGGCUCAUCUGGGCCUACAUGCUCUCCAUCGCCAUGACCUACUUCAUCACGCUGUGCCUCUUUCCUGGGCUGGAGUCGGAGAUCCACAACUGCAUGCUGGGGGAAUGGCUCCCCAUCCUCAUCAUGGCCAUCUUCAACCUCUCUGACUUCGUCGGUAAGAUCCUGGCUGCCCUGCCCUAUGACUGGAGAGGGACCCACCUCCUUGUCUACUCCUGCCUCCGAGUGGUCUUCAUCCCCCUCUUCAUCAUGUGCGUCUACCCCAACGGGAGGCCCACCUUCGGCCACCCUGCCUGGCCCUGCAUCUUCUCCCUCCUCAUGGGCAUCACCAACGGCUACUUUGGCAGUGUGCCCAUGAUCCUGGCUGCUGGGAAAGUGAGCCCCGAGCAGCGGGAGCUGGCAGGUAACACCAUGACCGUGUCCUACAUGACAGGCUUGACGUUGGGCUCGGCCGUGGCAUAUUUUGCCUAUAGCCUCACCAGUACGUCCCACAGUACCUGUUUCUACACCGAAACCUCCAACGGCUCCUUCACGUCGGGGUACUGA